AUGACCAACAUAAGUAGGUUACCUUUCACGGAUGAGAUCGAGCGGAAAAAUCCACCUUGCAGGUUCAUUAUGCCUCACUUCAUUCCGUAUAAGAGAGACGAAGAUCUAGAUCGACAUCUCAAGCACUACUGCAUUUUCACUAAGGAGUAUUCGUCAAACCGCUCAAUCAAAAGGACAUCCGACCAUCUCUUCAACAUCGUAAAAGACCAUUGGGAGACAAUUCGUGACUAUGUCAAGAGGUUCAAGGUGGAGAAGGCCAAGAUUGUUGGCUACAACGAAGACAUAACAACGGCAGCAUUUAGAAAUAGGCUUUCCACCGAACACCCUUUAUUCGAAAAAUUGAUCAUGGGAAAAGAAUUGACCCUGAUAGCUUCGUAUGCUUUGGUGGAGAAGCACGCACUAUGGGAUGAGGCCAAGCAUUCUAACAAAAUCGAGUCAGAAAAGAAGCAUAUAGAACAUUCCCCGACUAGAGAAGACUCAGCACCUGAAACAUUCACCAAGUUCACAGUUCUAUCGGCCAAAUUUCUCCGUAAGCUCAAGAACGAACCUUGGUUUGAACUACCACCAUCCAUGAAGGGUGAUUUUACCAGGCUAGAUCAGACAAAGUACUGCGCAUUCCAUCAAGGACCAGACCACACUACCAACGGCUGCCAUAAGUGGAAGCAGUGCCUUGAGAAGUUGACAAAUGAAGGCCGGUGCGACAAGUAUCUUGACAGGUCAACGACACAGCCUACACAAGCAUAG